AUGCUUGGGCCAAAUCCACGUACAUUCGAGGACAUUAUAGAUGCGUAUAUAGUACAUUUGCAAGCUACUGUUGUCAAUCAUAAAGCACUGUCAAUCCUGCAAAAGUUUGCUCUUGAUGCUCAAAAGGUUGUUCUCGUUGUGAAGAUUCUAACCACCACCAUUUCCGAGUUCUCUAUUCAACUCCAGCAAGGAAGUACCUCUCAACAAAUUGUCGAGCCCGAGAGGAUGGAAGUAAAAGGAAAAGAAGAAGAUGAUGAUGAUGAAAAUAAUGGCCUCUACCGACGAAAUGUCGUCGGUAUACCCUAUGCCGAUGACAUAUCGUCCGCACUCGGUAAGAAGUUGUCGUCUGCAGAAGGGUUUAAUGUUGUAGAGGUUGGCAAUGUUUACAAUGUUGAUAUAACUAGAAGUACCCAAACAUCCCAUGUCCCAUAUCGUCCGAGGGCUAAGUGA